AUGCCUUAUUGGUAUUAUGAUAAAAAAGAUUUGCAAAACACACCAUCAUUUCGUGAUGGGAUCCCAACUGAAACAGAAAACCGUUAUCGGAAAGAGGGCGCGAGGUUCAUCAUCGAUACUGGAUCGAAAAUGGACUUAGGUUAUAACACUGUUGCGACUGGUGUUGUUUAUUUCCAUCGCUUCUACAUGUUUCAAUCGUUCAGGACAUUCCCGAGAUACAUAACCGCUUGUUGCUGUCUGUUUCUGGCUGGCAAAGUGGAGGAGACGCCAAAGAAAUGUAAAGAUAUUAUUAAAGUAGCAAAAUCGUUGUUGACAGAAGAAAAGUUUAGUUCUUUCGGAGAGGACCCUAAGGAGGAAGUUAUGACAUUAGAGAGAAUAUUGCUGCAAACGAUCAAGUUCGAUCUGCAGGUGGAGCAUCCUUAUGGGUACCUUCUCAAAUAUGCAAAGUGCCUUAAAGGGGAUAAAGCGAAGUUACCGAAAAUGGUACAAAUGGCCUGGACUUUCGUUAACGAUAGUCUAUGUACAACCCUGUGCCUCCAGUGGGAGCCGGAGGUAAUCGCUGUGGCUCUGUUGUUCCUGGCGGGGAAGUUGAGCAAAUUUGAGGUGGCCGACUGGAACGGACGAUCAGCUAAACAUACAGCCUGGUGGGACAUGUUUGUGGAAGAUAUCACUAUGGAGCUGCUCGAGGAUAUUUGUCACCAAGUGCUGGACCUGUACUCGCCACAGACUCAGCCGUCCGGGAGUGACUCUCCUCCCGUCGCAUCUUCAACUAAACUUCCAAAAAACGACAAGUCGUCCGUUACACCGCCCACUUCAGCAUCGCCUGUCAUCGUCCCCGCUAAGCCCGCGGUGACUCCUCUCAAGAACGGCGCGGAGCUGAAGCCCGAGCUGGCCAAGAUGGACAUGAGGUUCACGUACCCCGGCUACCCGGGCCUGCCGCCGUACCCGGCCGUGUACACCGCGCCGCCGCCCGUGCUGCCCGCGCACCCUCCGCCGCCGCUGGUGUACGCGGAGCCUCCGCCCGCUCCACCGGGGGCUCGCUUCCCGCCCGUCAACGUGCCCCCACCCAACUUCUUCCCUCCUCUAGGGAAGCGCCCGCCGCCGCCUCGGGCUCCACUGCCGCCCCGACCCUACUAUCCGCCGCCGUGA